UUCUCUUUCCGCCCAGAUGCCAGCUGUCUGACUGGAAAUCCCACCGAGAAGCAGUCUGCCUCCUCCAGGCUGGGAAGGGCAAGUGCUGCCCGGUUUCUGCCCAGUGCAGUUGCCCCUGAGGACAGGGAUGGACAGCCACGGAGGAGACUGAGACGACAGAUGGCUCUCAGUCCCUUCCUGGUUGCUGGUUGUGGCAUGGGCACCAUGAGGCUCUAAUUAAGGAGCAUCACCGGCCGAACUUUCUGAAGGAGGGUGGGAAACCAACACCCCUUUCAUCGGCACCCCAUAAGCAUCCUUCGAGGCUCUCAUGCUGAGGUUCCCUGCAUGGAUGAAUCCCCCACCAGCUCUUUAGGGAGUGGGGAGGCACUGCCCUUGCACCUGAUCCAGCCUCAUCGAGGGCACCACCAGCCCCUCUGGGGUUUGCUGAAGACCCAGACACCAUCGUUUCCCGGGAAGACGAAUUCUAUGCAAAAGGAGCCAAUGCCCUGUAAGUGGCCUUUGUGACGGCCACAGCGAGUGCCCACCAGCAGAGCACCUGUCUCCCAGCGGGCCUGAGACCUCCCCUGUGUGGGUGCUGCCCUCUGAUUGAGCUGCUGGCUCUGAGGUCUCUCUUUUAACCUCAUCCUGCAUCAGGAGUGCUCUCUUCCUGCCCUCCUGGCAAGCCAAAGAUGCCGGCCCUAAGGAAGAUGAAGCUGCUCACCUUCCUCCUCCUCCUCGUCUUCCUCACCUCCUUCUUCCUGAACUACACCUCCACCGUGAUGACCACCAACUGGCUCUUCCGAAAGAUCUUGAAGCUGCCCCAGAGGCCCUGCACCUGUAGCCGCUGUAUCGGGGACCUCGAGGUCUCCAGCUGGUUCGCCCAGAGGUUCAACCAGACCAUGCAGCCCGUGCUGACCGCCCACAACUCGCUGCUGGAGGAGGACACCUACAGCUGGUGGCGGAAGCUGCAGCGAGAGAAGAUUCCCCGGAACCUGAACGACACAAUCAGGGAGCUGUUCAGCCUGGUGCCCGGGGACACGGACCCCAUGCUGGACAAUGAGGCAGUGGGCUGCCGGCGCUGCGCCGUGGUGGGCAACUCAGGCAACCUGAAGGCCUCCCAGUACGGUGCCCAGAUAGACGAGCAUGACUUCGUGCUGAGGAUGAACAAGGCCCCCACGCUGGGGUUUGAGGCCGAUGUCGGCAGCAAGACCACCCACCAUCUAGUGUACCCCGAGAGCUUCAAGGAACUGGGGGAGAACGUCAGCAUGAUCCUGGUGCCCUUCAAGAUCACAGACCUGCUCUGGGUGAUCAGCGCCACCACCAACGGCACCAUCUCCCGCACCUAUGUCCCUGUGCCCACCAAGAUCAAAGUGAAAAAGGAGAAGAUCCUCAUCUACCAUCCAGGCUUCAUCAAGUACGUCUUUGACAACUGGCUACAGGGCCAUGGGCGGUACCCGUCCACGGGCAUCCUGUCUGUCAUCUUCUCCCUGCACGUCUGUGACGAGGUUGACUUGUAUGGCUUCGGGGCAGACAGCAAGGGGAACUGGCACCAUUACUGGGAGAACAACCCGUCGGCGGGUGCUUUCCGCAAGACUGGCGUGCACGAUGGGGACUUCGAGUCUAAUGUCACAGCUGCCCUGGCCUCCAUCCACAAGAUCAGGAUCUUCAAGGGGAGAUGACGCUGCCAGGAAGGGCCAGGCCCGUGCCUCCUCACCACCGCCAGCCCUGCACCCGGGUCCGGUGUCACUGAGCCCUGCCGGACUACAGAGUGGGUCUCCUGAUCUGCUGAAGUUGGGGGACAGACGCAGUCCCCGAGGCGGGCAGGGCGGAGCUAGAUGCCGUGUCAGGUCCGCUCUGGCUGCCGGUGACCCGGUAGUCUGACCCUGAACACCCCUUCUCCGAGGUAAAGGAGCCGAGGAUGGGCAGAGAGGCCUGCCCUUAAGGGGCCCUGCUAGCUCCCACUCAGGGCCUCCCUGGACAUUCCUGAGGGAGGACUACCUUGAGGGCAAUGCCACAGACCCUGGGCAAUGCCCCACGGGGGCCUCUGAUCCCUGACAUCUUCCCCCCAGAGCUUGGGCUCCGGACAAGUUCAUGCUGGCCAACCACGCCAUGCCCUGGGGCUGGGAGGCAAGCUGGGGACAGUGGCGGACAGAGCAGGGUGUGACUGACCUCAUCUCUUCUCCCCCUGUGGGCCCCUGUCUUCCUUUCAGCCUUGCCUGAUUAUUUAUUGAUUUCUUGGGUAAUUGGACUCAUGUUUUGCACGUGGUGUGGCUGGUAUGGGGUCUUCAUCAAGCAUGCUGUGGCUUAUGGAAGGGGUGCAUGAGCCCUGGGGGUUGGGCUGCCUGUGGGGGCCCCCAGGCUUGGGGAGAAGUCUCCUGGCACCAGUCUGUCUGUCUGUCCAAUGCCCUGUGCCCCGUCCUCUGGCUGUGCCCUGUCCCUCACUCAGCACCCUGUUGUUGGGCCAGGGGUGGCCCCCUCCCGGUUCCCAGGUUUGAUCAGAGAGCCCAUCUUGCCCACUGAAACCACCUUCUAGAAGGCGGGGGGCACUGAUGCCCUGGUGGCUUAUGCAGAGUGCAAGUGGCCUCAGCAAACCUCCACCUCCCCUUUCCAGAAGGUUCCACUCCCACCAGCCAAACCUGGAGAGAGCAUGGUGUCCAGGGGGCUGUAGGCCAUUUACAAGAGGCCCCAGAAGGGACCGGCCAGGCUCUGUGAGGCUGGGUCUAGGUUUCUGCUUGAGUGUGGACUCUGAGUGUGCCCAGAGGAGAGGUUCUAGCCUGUUUAUUUGCCGAGAGCGCCAAGGCCUGACAAGGGUUUGCUUCUGUUACAGAAGGCCCAGCUACAAAGUUCUGCAGAAUGUAGGGUCCUCGGGGUGGAAGAACCAUGAAGCCCCAUGCUGCCCUUGGACCCUCAGGGGCCAGAGUGGGGUGGCCCAGGACGGGGCCAUGCUGGCUGGCCCAGGGAGCUCGGGGACAGGUCCCAACACAGUGUCCACGAGAGAGAGGAGCUGGCCCCCAGAAACCUCCCAUCCUAACCCACAAAAAGCUGAGUCGCUUCAGCAACAAGAGGUUCAGGCUGAGCACUGUGUCACGUGGCUUUCCUGGGAGAGAGAAAAAGGCUUGUCCUGGGAGGGGGGUGCACGUGAGCACCCCCUGGACCAGCUUCCCAGCCUCGGUCCACUUUCUCCCCACUGCCCUCUGACCUCCCAACCCUCCCUCUGUAGAAAGGAGAAGACCAAAGCCUGGGAAGGGGGCUGACCGGUGAGCAGACGUCGCAGCCUACAGAUUUCCCAUGUCCAGGGAAGGGCUUAUCCAGCCAGCACCCAGAACGUGGGUUCUGACCCCUGCCCUGGCUCUGACUCUGGGGGAGGGGGGUUGUCCUGGGGCUGCCCCUGGGGCUCCACUGUCACCCCAUACUUCCCGUGGGGGGUGGGUCUUCUCCUUCUGGGACCCCAGCAAGCGCCUUUCUGAGUCUGAAAGAUUUGGACGUGGGCCCUUAACCAAAUCAAAGCCGAUCCUUGUGGCCCAGGCAACACGCACCCCUGGCCUCAGCCACCUCCGAGGGAGGGUGGCUUAGAAUCGGGCGAGGAGCUUCCAGGCGGCAUUUGGGGUGCUGUGGGCAGGAGACAGAGGGUGUGUUGGUGGUGCUGAUGGUGUCAGGUGCCAGCCAAUCAGUUCUGACCCACAGCGACCCUCUGCACAGCAGAUGGAAACACGCAGGGCCAGGCACCAUCCGCACGCUGGUCCCUGUGCCGGAGCCCCUUGUUGUGGCCACUGUGUCAGUCCAUCUCCGUGAGGGCCCUCCCCUUUUUGCUGUCCAUCCACUUUACCUCACAUGCUGUGCUUCCCCAGGGUCCGGUCUCCUCUGACCACAUGCCCAGAGUACGGGAGACCACGUCUCCAUCCUUGCCUCUGUGGGCUUCCAGCAAAUGAGACAUAAGACUUGGAUACCAGCCGAGGGGGGAGCAGGAGCUGGGCGAUUCCCCGGGAAGGCGGGAGGUUUCAGAGCCCUUGGUUGCCAUGUCCCUGUGUGAUUAGGGCCACCGGGAGAGGCCAGCUCCGUGUCCAGGGGCACUAGGCCACAGGUGGUCUGUGCAGGACCUCCAGGGAUGUAGUCUGUGACCUGCACUCAAACUGUUUUCAAGAGGCCGGAACGCAGGGAAAAUCUCCCCCUCCCUCCCGCCCUCGGCGCGGGCCAAACAUGCGUCCAGGGGCACCCACGCCCGCUAACAGGGCCACGUGCCAAAGGGGAUUCAAACCCCUCUAAGGCUUCAGAAGUUCAACCCCCUCCACCUCGGCCCUCAGCACACUGGGCCUUCAGCCAGCGCUCCCCCGGCCCCAGAAAGCCCCACUCUGUAGGCCCCCUCUCCCCGCCCAACUGCGUGCUGACACCUCUCAGAGUCCUCUCUGUAUGGAAUGGCCAUGGGGGUGAGAGGGGCCGUUUAGGAACAGAAAGUGACUUCCUCCCAGCUCUGGAAGCUGGAAGUCAAUCAGGAGCCCAGCCUUACCGCUCCUCCCAUAAGCCCCUGGGGCUCUUGACAUCUGCCCCACUGGCCUUCCAGUCCCCCCACCACCACCACCAAAGUGAUCUGACCUCAUUAACAUAACAAGGGAAAACCUACUUCCAAAUAAGAUCCCAUCCCCUGGGUCGGGAGCCCCAAAUCACAGUGCAUGUUGGUCUGGACUCCAGGUAGUUCAGUCCAGAGCAGAGGUGGCCAGGGCAGCACAACAGACAGACACACAGCAUCUUGCAGAGGCUCCGGGUCCCAGAAGGAACAUUGCAUUUCCAGCUCCCAGCCCACUGGCCAAUGGCCCCGCCUGGGACCCAGGUUCCCGACACAGACCAGAGCUGCCCACCUGCAUGAGGCCCUGCGCCAGCCCCCAAACCUGUGCUGGGACCCCAGGGCCAGCAGCCCUCUGCUCCCCUCCCCAGCACACUCUCCAAGCCAAAGCCUGCCUCUUGCGCACUUUCCGUUCUUGUCCGCUGCGUGGUUGGUCCUUUGAAGGCUAACCCCCGCCCCACCCCCCCACCUGUGCUUGUUCACCAGUGGGUGGGGCGUUGCCGAAUGACAUCAGCGAGAGCCUGCCUUCCGGGUCCCCUGCUUGGUUUUAUUUAUUGUUCAAUGUUUCCGAUGAUGAGAAUCAACACAAAUAAAGAGAAGAGCUAUUUUA